AAAGGGAGGGAGGCUGGUGUUGGGACCAAGUGAGCGGUGUGGAAGAGAGAGAGCAGCAGAUGGACUCCCAACAAACACACUUUAUACAAGAGCGUGUUCACUAGGUUGCCAUGUGGCAGAGGGAUGAGCUGAGCAUUCUGCGUUCCCUAAGGAUCUUUGCUCUUUCCACAUGGCCAGCUUCCAGCAAGCAGGUGCAAGCUCGGCAAACUCCAGCUACUCAAUGCCAAUGCACCUUAGAGGAGAGUCCUGCUAAAUGCUACCUACAGCUGCAGGACACCGGCUAGCUUCAGUUCGAUUUUCUACUUGCUAAGGCCACUUAAAGGGCACCUUAGGGCCGCUCACAUUCUCUAUGGUGAAGAUGAGCGUAGACUCCGUGAAGGUGAAGGAGCUCCAAAUUUGCGCUUCUUCCAAUGGAAAUGAGAGACAAUCCUGGGAGGAGAAGGAGGAGGUCCAAGAAAAGCACCUGGGCCUCACCGCCAAACCAAAACAGACGCUGACAGUGAGACGAGCCCGCAAGGUGGAAGGCGCCGUGUUCUUUCCCAAGCCCGAGAACGCAGUGACGAUCGCCGUUUCUACGCGGGUUCUGUUCCGCACCGAGCGGGAAGAGAAAGUGUUCGAGCAGCACGGCGUGGAGGAAUAUCUGAGAUACCAAAUCGAACACGAGAACGAACCCUUCGCCCCUGGACCCGCUUUCCCCUUAGUCAAGGCUCUGGAAGCGGUAAAUGCUCGUCUGCGCGAGUUGUAUCCUCAAAGCGAAGAGCUGUUCGACAUCGUGCUGGUGACGUACAACCACGCGCACGUCGGGAUCCGCCUCAUCAACACCAUCAACCAUCACAAUCUGUUCAUAGAGCGGUUUUGCAUGACAGGGGGAAGCAGUCCAAUCGGAUACCUCAAGGCUUGGCACACUAACCUCUACCUGUCGGCUGACGCAGACAAGGUCAGGGAGGCGCUAGCUGAAGGUAUCGCCGCAGCGACCAUGUUCACGCCAGAGAAGCGGACGGAGGUGUCGGAGUCCCAGCUGAGGGUGGCGUUUGACGGCGAUGCCGUUCUCUUCUCCGAUGAGUCCGAGCGCAUUUUCAAGGCCCACGGGCUGGACAAGUUCUUCGAACACGAGCGCGAAAAUGAGGACACUCUGUUGGAUCAUGGUCCGCUAAAAGGUUUCCUGGAGGCCCUUGGGAAGCUCCAGAAGAAGUUUUACGCGAAAGGCCAGCGCCUGGACUGCCCGAUCCGGACCUACUUAGUGACGGCACGAAGCGCGGCCAGCUCUGGCAUCCGAGCCCUCAAGACCCUCAGAGCUUGGGGGCUGGAAAUCGACGAGGCCUUGUUCCUGGCGGGGGCGCCCAAGGGCCCCAUGCUGGAGAAGAUCAGACCUCACAUCUACUUCGACGACCAGAUGUUUCAUGUGGAGGGCGCGGCCGAAAUGGGCACCAUCGCCGCUCACGUGCCUUACGGCAUCGCCCAGAAACAUGCCGGGCAAAACUCUGGUGUGGGGAAGUAGAAGAGAAGUGGAAAUGAACUUUAUACAUUAAAGUCUGUUCCAAUCCUCUUUUAACUUAGAAAACGGUCUUAUCCAACAGCCAUUUUCUGCUGCUUUCAAGCCAACGACAACUACAGCAGAAAGUCAAUUCCAAGUAUCAGGGAAUGCUUGGAGAUACGAAAUGAUGCUCAAAUCACCGUGAAUUAAAUAAGCCAUCAGUACAAUAUGGAGAUAUGAGAAGGUCAAAAUGUAUGAUGCGCUUCAAUGCAAUCAGUGGAACCUCCAAAGUCAAACAGUUCUGCGAUGCUGGUUGACUUCGAACUUUUUUUUAAGAACCUAUUUCCUGUUAGGUUUUUUUGCUAAAAAAAAAACAAAAAAAAACCUAGCUCCUGUUUUUGUGCUCAGAACAAAGCAAUAAAUAUAUUGCUUUAAACUUCCAUCCAUUUUCUAUGCAACUAGUGUUGCUUUGGCAUCAUCAAAUACCAUCUUGGUGUCAAGGAAGUACUUUGAAGUGAGUUUAGGAGUUACAUUUAGACAUAAGUAGUGCUUUGCGGUUCAUGUUCUGGCAUCUAUAAACAUUUCCAAACCUUUUUAGUGGGGGUGUCAAUUACUCGCGGAUUUUCGCUAUUCGUGAUAAGCCUCAGUCUCAACUGAAAUGAAGUGAAACUACCGGUACUCAUCCCUCAAAGACACCUGACAGACAACAAUGGAGAGGGAUACCUAGUGGUUUUUAGAGGUACUGCUGGAAUUAAGAAGUGGCACGUAGUGUACGUAUGGUAAGCGUAUUUGAAUUAGCAUCUGCUUAGAAUGUGAACAUGAUUGAUAUUUAAUUGUACUGAGCAGCCAGCAAACUUUCCUGUCCUAUAAGUACAUGGUUCUGUGGGUAUCAUUACAUGGUUCCUCUUUGCCAGCACUGGUAUUAGAAAAGCAAAACACAAUUUAGGUGCCCACUGAGGUGUCUUUUGACUUUUGAGGCACAUUUUUUUCCCAGAAAUUUUGUCUUGAGUUUUAAAUUGUACCAAUUUUAGGAGAGUUGACUUUGGAUGUUCCAUUGUAUACUGCUAGAUGUAUUACAUGUGCGAAUACAGCUUUUCACAGUUGGUGCCUUUGAGUCAAUGAAUGCACCGUUUGCAGCGUUAGCUAGCGUAACACGCUCUGGCCCUAAAACGUACAACAAGAACGCUAAUGGGACUUCCCCUUUUCAUUUGGAGCAUGACAGGUUCAAAUAUAAUGAUGCUCACAUCCUUGAAUACAGUUACACUACAAAUCACACUAUUUUAUUACCUCCAUCAGGGUUGUAUGACAGUUUGUUGCGAACCGCACCGCAGUUACAUUUUAAGAUGACAGCCUAAUGUCGUCUUUCGUCUUUUCCCCCUCUUCUUCUUCUUCUUCUUCUUCUUCUUACUUUCCAGUAGCUGGGACCCCUUGUAGCAAUACAGACGUCCUCUCAUAGGUCAAUCUUGGUACUACCACAUACAUCUGGUUUGGGGGAGGAGACUACCAAUUCCUGGUGGAAACGUGGUAGUGUGUGGUGUUCUUGAGUACACCACACACGAUAAGAGCAGUAAGCACACCAUUUUUUUUUCAUGUGUUUAAAAACUGGUCAAGAUGUUAAAAAUCAGUGUAUAUAUGUACCCGGCUUGAAAUUUAUGCUUGCAAGUUCAAGUUAUUUGGAAGAAUCAAGGGAAAAAAGCAAUUGUAUGGUAUAUUUAAAAUCCAUUCGCAAAAACGAGGUAAUGUAUAUUUUCCACAUCCAUACAAAAUGAAAAUUAAACCAAGCAUGACUGAUUGUAGCAGCACUUUUCAAAAGUAAAUUGCAAGAUUUACAAAAAUUAUAAAUAAAGAUGUUUUAAAAAAGUCAUUGAAUUCCCUGUAGCACAGGGGUGGGAAACAUCCAGCCUGUGGGUCAUGUACAGCCAUUUGAUCCGGUCCACUGUGCAAUUCUAAAAACAAAUCAAAUCUCACGGGGGGAAAAAAAACUCCAAAAAUAUUGAAGUCAGAAAUGCUCUGUAUAAUAAUAAACAUUUUUUAUAUUG